AUCGCUCGGUUAGAGGACGGGCGCAGGAAGCCGAGGCGGACCGACUGACAGCGUCUGAGUCCCGGGGAGGAACAUCACGGAGUGUCCGUCCGGGAAAAUCCGCAAGAUGCCGAACAAAGCCAAGAAGGACAAGGAAUCAACUAAAUCUGCCAAAAGCAGCACAAAGAACAGUAAUGCGAGCAGCGUGAAGGAUGCAGCGUCGGAGAACUCAGACGAGUGUCAGCAGCAGCAGAGCGGCAGCAAACGCCCCAGUAACAGCACGCCGCCGCCCACCCAGCUCAACAAGAUCAAGUACUCUGGAGGACCUCAGCUGGUGAAGAAGGAACGGCGCCAGAGCUCGUCCCGCUUCAGCCUCACAAAGAACAGGGAACUGCAGAAGCUACCGGCGCUCAAAGAUGCUCCGCCCAUCGACCGUGAGGAGUUGUUUGUCCAGAAGCUGCGUCAGUGCUGCGUCCUGUUCGACUUUGUCAGCGACCCGCUCAGCGACCUCAAGUACAAAGAGGUCAAGAGGGCGGGGCUUAAUGAGAUGGUGGAGUACAUCACACACAAUAGCGACGUAGUGACAGAGUCCAUCUACCCCGAGGCCGUCAUCAUGUUUUCAGUGAACCUGUUCCGGACUCUUCCUCCAUCCUCAAACCCGACCGGGGCGGAGUUUGAUCCCGAGGAGGACGAACCGACGCUGGAGGCGGCCUGGCCUCACCUACAGCUGGUUUAUGAGUUCUUCCUUCGGUUCCUGGAGUCUCCAGACUUCCAGCCAAAUAUCGCCAAAAAGUACAUUGACCAAAAGUUUGUGCUGUCGCUGCUGGAGCUGUUCGACAGCGAGGAUCCCAGAGAGAGAGACUUCCUGAAGACCAUCCUCCACAGGAUCUACGGGAAGUUCCUGGGCCUCCGAGCCUACAUCCGCCGCCAGAUCAACAACAUCUUCUACAGAUUUAUCUAUGAGACAGAACAUCACAAUGGCAUAGCUGAGCUGCUAGAGAUCCUGGGCAGCAUCAUCAACGGCUUCGCCCUGCCACUCAAAGAAGAACACAAGAUGUUUCUGAUCCGAGUUCUGCUUCCUCUGCAUAAAGUCAAAUCACUGAGUGUCUACCACCCUCAGCUGGCAUACUGUGUGGUCCAGUUCCUGGAGAAGGACAGCAGUCUGACAGAACCGGUCAUCAUGGGUCUGCUUAAGUUCUGGCCCAAGACUCACAGCCCGAAGGAGGUGAUGUUCCUCAAUGAGCUGGAGGAGAUUCUGGACGUCAUCGAGCCCUCGGAGUUCGUCAAAGUCCAGGAGCCACUGUUCAGACAGCUCGCCAAAUGUGUGUCCAGUCCACACUUCCAGGUGGCAGAGAGAGCCUUGUAUUACUGGAACAACGAGUACAUCAUGAGUCUGAUCAGUGACAACGCCGCCAAGAUCCUUCCCAUCAUGUUCCCAGCUCUGUACAAGAACUCCAAGAGUCACUGGAACAAGACCAUCCACGGUCUGAUCUACAACGCCCUGAAGCUGUUCAUGGAGAUGAACCAGAAGCUUUUUGAUGACUGCACGCAGCAGUACAAGGCCGAGAAACAAAAAGAGAAAUACAAACUGAAAGAGAGGGAGGAGGUGUGGUACAAGAUCGAAGAACUGGCCCGACAGAACCCGCAGAGUAAUAAGCUCCACCCCCUCCGCCCCGGACUCCACCCACAGGAAGAGUAUAUGCUAUACAGUGACAGUACUGUGGCCGUGUACUCGAUGGAGACGGAGACUCCGACCGCUGAGGACAUCCAACUGCUGAAGAAGACAGUGGAGACAGAGGCCUCACAGGGUCUGAAGGAUCUGAAGAAGGACAAGGUCCUGAUGAGGAGGAAGUCGGAGCUUCCUCAGGACGUCUACACCAUCAAAGCUCUGGAGGCUCAUAAGCGAGCUGAGGAGUACCUGACAGCCAAUCAGGAGGCCCUCUGACCCCCUGACCCUGCCCCCUCCUCCAGACGGAGGUCAGACCGGUCGGACAGGGUCGGAGCUGUGACCUCUGACCCCCGUAGGACUCUGUAGAAUCUCCUCCUCCGUCUGUCCCACGUGGUCAUGUGAUGAUGUCAUCAUCAGCUUCCUGUCGCACUAACACACACCUCCAUCUGCUGCAACACCUGAACGCACCACGACACGGACCCUGAACACUUGGACCCAGACCUGGACCUGAAACCGCUUCAGACCAUGAGGAGGAGACACAUGAAUGUAGACGUCCAAUCAGUGACCAGAACUGAGGUCUGUUCAGUUUGACCUGAAUGUUUCCUGUCAGUCCAGACUGAGGGCAAAGACGGACACACUUUCAACCAAUGGACAGUCGGCGUCCCGCCCCUUCAGGUGACAUCAUCGACAAAGAGAUGCCUCAUGUUUCGAUCCCGUUUAUGUUGCCAGGGACACGUUAACAGUUUAGAUCAUUUGACAGGUGGACGAAUUUGCCGUUUGUGAAAAUACGUCAUUAAUGAGAUGUGUUGUGUCCAGAAUGUUGGACCAUGGAGCGUCACCUCAGUUUGAUUCUAUCUGUGUUUGAACACCUGAUAAAACCAACACGGAACUGAAUGGACCCGACAUCUGAACAUCAGGUGGAACAGGAUUGAAACGUGAGGCGUCUCUGGACGUGAAGUCUGUCAUGUCCAUGGAGAUGACUCUGAGCCAAAGGGACGAUCUGGUUCGAUCUGGAUCCAGUUCAGGUUUUGGCUCAGUUUGUCCUUUGAUGCAUUAGAACAGAUGAAGAUCAUCUCUGACGUGGUUUGGGGACACAGAGAUGCUUUCAGACAUGAACCAGGAUCCAGGUCCACGUGGUCCCGGUCAGAUCCAAUCCGACUGAUGGUUGAAUUCAAACAAACUGGUCUGAAGUGAGUCCUGAACCAGAAUCCAACAGACGUCACUAAAAGACUUUUAUUCUGGAGUGUUUUCUGACUGGUCACUCGUUACCAGACGUUUGUUUCACCGUUCAAGUGUUACCAUGACGACGAACACUAAACCUCACCGUGGACACUGUUCAAGAAGGCGAUUGAAGUAUCAAUCAAAGUAUUGGCCUGACGUUGAAUCUACGUCUUGGCGUCGUCUGUUGAACACAAAUGAACGUCGUAUCGAUUGUGACCUCUGACGUUUCCUGAAGUUUCUUCCGCGUACGUACGUCCGUUUGAGCAUCAGCCUUCCUGUGACCUUUGACCCUGUCUCACUCAGUUCCGGUAUUUUCUGUUUUUGAAGCAAUAGUCUCUAAAAAAAAAAGAAACAAAAAAAAACGAAAGGCUUGUGCACGGCGGUCAAACAAUCCUCACACCAAAACGAUCACGACAUUACCAAGGAGACGCUGUCACGCCUCCUCCCUCACAGACCACACCCCCUGCAGUUGCCAUCAAUGACUCUGUUCCUCCAAUUGCUGUUGUGUAGGGGUGUCCGUUUACAUGUUAGCCCCACCCCCUCCACCUGCUGGACAAAGUCUCUGCAGUUUAUUUUGAAGGAAGUUUGUCCCGUUCACUUCCUGUCAGAGGUCGUGGUUGUCCAGAGGUCAAGAUUUUAGUUGUUUUUACACAAUGACUGAAUUAUUGAGUAAACGAGGCUCAUUUUGUCUCAAUAACGGGUGGAAUAUUUUAUCAUCAAGCAGUAAAAUAUUAAAAACAUGAAUGAAUGCAUUUCCACAACGAAGUGAAGAACAUCAGUAUUUAGAAUAAACCUAAAUCUUGUCUUAAAGUUCCAUCUGGACCUAAAGCUGCUCUUUAAUGGUUAUUUUCAUUUUUCUUCAGACAUUAUCUUUAUUUUCUUUGAGAUUUUAAGGGUUAACGUGAAGAGAUUUUAACCUUUAGACUGAAACCAUUUCACUUUAAAACAGUCAACAACGAACAAAAAAGCCAAAUAUGUUCAACAGACGGAGGGUUUUUGUCCGGUGGCAAAAAAACGACACAAACAUGAAACAUUUUGUGGAAGAAGUUAAAAAAAAAA